CCCCAGCGCUGACACAAUAGUCGAUCCAAGAUGGCGGACGCGGGUGCCAGCGGCUUAGCUCCGGGAGAAGCGGUCCUGCCUCCGCCGCCGCCUCCUCCUCCUCCGCCGCCGCCUCCGUUGCCUCCUCCUCCGCCGCCCGAGGAGCAGGAGCUGGCCCAGAGGCUGCGAAGGCUCUACCCGGCCGUCAACUUGGCCGAGACGCCGCUGCCUCGCGCCUGGAGCCCCAAGGAUAAGUACAACUACAUCGGCCUCUCUCAGGGCAACCUCCGCGUCCAUUACAAAGGGCAUGGGAAGAACCACAAGGAUGCUGCUUCCGUCAGGGCUACUCAUCCCAUCCCUGCGGCCUGCGGCAUUUAUUACUUCGAAGUCAAGAUAGUCAGCAAAGGCAGAGAUGGGUACAUGGGGAUAGGACUCUCAGCCCAAGGUGUCAACAUGAACAGACUUCCUGGUUGGGAUAAGCAUUCUUAUGGCUACCAUGGUGAUGAUGGACACUCUUUCUGCUCAUCGGGGACAGGGCAGCCCUAUGGCCCUACGUUCACAACUGGUGAUGUGAUAGGCUGCUGUGUGAACCUCAUCAACAACACCUGCUUCUACACAAAGAAUGGUCACAGCUUAGGUAUAGCCUUUACAGACCUCCCUGCCAAUCUGUAUCCCACUGUCGGGCUCCAGACACCCGGAGAGAUAGUGGAUGCCAACUUUGGGCAGCAGCCAUUUGUUUUUGACAUUGAAGAUUAUAUGAGAGAGUGGCGAACAAAGAUUCAGGGCACCAUUAAGAGAUUUCCCAUAGGUGACCGGCUAGGUGAAUGGCAAACCAUGCUGCAGAAUAUGGUCUCCUCCUAUCUGGUUCAUCAUGGGUACUGUGCCACAGCAACUGCCUUUGCCAGAGUAACAGAGAGUACAAUCCAGGAAGAACAGAUUUCUAUAAAGAAUAGGCAAAGAAUACAAAAGCUGGUUUUGACAGGGAGAGUGGGGGAAGCCAUUGAAGCCACACAGCAGAUAUACCCAGGACUUCUAGAGCACAAUCCUAACCUUCUCUUCAUGUUAAAGUGCCGGCAAUUUGUGGAGAUGGUGAAUGGAACUGACAGUGAAGUACGUUGUUUCAGCGCCCGCAGCCCCAAAUCCCAGGACAGCUAUCCGAACUCCCCCAACCUAAGUCCCAGGCACGGCUCUAAUAACUUGCACCUUCACAGUACUGGAGCAGAUAGCCCAAGCUGUAGUAAUGGAGUCACUUCCAUAAAAAACAAACAGAGCCACAGUAAAUAUCCUGCACUGAGUUCAUCAUCGUCAUCCUCUUCCUCAUCAUCCCCUUCGUCAGUGAACUACUCAGAGUCCAACUCCACAGAUUCUACCAAGUCCCAGCAGCACAGCAGCACCAGCAACCAAGAAACCAGUGACAGUGAGAUGGAGAUGGAAGCAGAACACUACCCCAACGGAGUUCUGGAAAAUUCUGCUACAAGGAUAAUGAAUGGCACUUACAAGCAUGAAGAGAUCCUUCAGACAGAUGAUUCCAGCAUGGAGGAUGGCUGUCCCCAGAGGCAGCUCUGUGGAGGAAACCAUGCUGCCACUGAACGGAUGAUCCAGUUUGGACGGGAGCUGCAGACCUUGAGUGAACAGCUGUGCAGAGAAUAUGGGAAGAAUACAACACAUAAAAAAAUGUUACAGGAUGCAUUCAGCUUGCUUGCCUACUCUGAUCCAUGGAACUGCCCUGUUGGACAGCAGCUGGAUCCAACCCAGAGGGAACCUGUGUGUGCUGCACUCAAUAGCGCUAUAUUGGAGUCUCAGAACCUGCCAAAGCAGCCCCCAUUGCUGCUUGCCCUGGGCCAGGCCUCGGAGUGCUUGCGGCUCAUGGCUCGCGUGGGCUUGGGCUCCUGCUCCUUUGCCAGAGUGGACGACUAUUUGCACUAGCCACUGAGUGAAACAGAGUGACCCCUCCGGUGCUGCCACCAUCACUUCCCCUGCCUCGCAUUUUCCUACUGCCCCCUCAGGCUCCCCACACGCUGCCCAGCAGAAGGACACAUUGCUGACUGAAGGGGGGGCAUCCAUGUUGCGCCUUCAUUUCUUACCAUGGAAACUGCUUGGCAGGACCCUCCAUCAUCACCACAGCCUGCUCUGCCUUGCAGCUGCUGCAGCACUCAGUAUUUUCACUGGUCGUUCUGAUGUGUAGCGCCUUCUGACUUUAGGAUUUUAUCUUUAUUUUAUUUUAUUUCUCUGACUGAGCCACCAGUAUUUAUAUCUGGAGAGUUUGUGCUGAGCUGGUUUCUAUUAAUUUAGAGAUAAAAGUGUAUCUUGAGUUGGUGAUGCCCAGUUUUUUGUUUUUGUUUUCAUUUUUACAAGAGGAAACUGUCAGCAUACAAACCUACCUACGCAGUAUUGUUCUCUAGCACUAGUCCUCUUUUUAAGAGCAAGAGGUCUUACUAUAUUCAUUUGAGUCUGACCCAUCCAACCAAAAUUCUACUGUUUCAGAAUAGUCAGUCCCACUUUAUUUCUUCUGUGCCAUGUGGUACAAAUGUGUGUGUGUAUGUGUGCGUGCGUGUGUGUGUGCAUGUGCUUGACAGAAAGUUAAUUGGAAUCUCCAUCCUAGAAGUUAAGAAAUAGAACAAAAGGUGUCCAACACAUUGAUUUGCCCUUAAUUCAGUUGUCCCCUAAAAGUAUUACUGUACUGGAAUCUAACUCCAAACGCUAUGAGGAACAACUAGAACUGUACUGAGUUGAUGACCUUAGCAGUCAUACAUUAGACCAAGAAAUUCCAGGUUCAGUAGAGCUUCAUAAACACUUCCAAUAAUUUAGGUAGCUGGUUUUACAAAUAGGGCUUCCCCAUAGACAGAUGUAGAGAGGUGUAGGGAGAGGUGUAUAAAGCAGAUUUCAAAGAAGUGGCCAUGUUCAAUGUACAGAGUGUCUUCUUUUUGUUGGCUGCAUGGUUCUGACAUCCAAAGGGUUUAUUUAAAGUGGAAUGGAAAUCAGAAACUCGAUAACAUCAGUCUUUUCUUUGCCUCUUUGGGCUAGUGGCCCUUGCCUAGGGGCCUUAAUUUUGGCUGACAUCUGCCUCUUCAUAUGUUGUUCAUUAACCUGUGACUAAUAGGAUCGCUGUAGCUGAUGAGCCUAGCUUUGAAACUGAGACAGGCAUAUAGAAAGCAACUUAUACUUCCCUCGUUGCCUGCAUGUCUGGAGUUUUACAUUGAAUAUAAGAUUGUUGAUUGUUUCCUUGACAACAGGAUGAAAAACUAGCUUCAUUUAAUUAGCUGCAAACUAAAAUGUGACAUAAGCCAAUAUUUUUUUCUUGUUUUUUAAUUGGCAAUUUUUACUUCAAGGAGUAGUCUUCAUUUAAUGGUAGGCUGUCCAUUUCCAAAAUGAUAUCCCCUGUAAAGUAUUAGAGACACUGGGGCUAGGAAACCCACACAUCAGCGAAUGUAUGUGAGGAUGUGCGUACCUAUGUUAGUGUGCAUUCUGGAAAAGCAUGCUAUACUAAAAACUGUUUUAUCUAGAAUGUGGGUAGAUAAAUGGAACUUCAUCAUCUUUGGGUUGCUGGCCCAUUUCAACAUUUGCAUUUUCCUGGAGGAAAAUGAAAUUCUCUUAAAUUCAACAGGUUAAAGUAUUUACAUAAAGUAUUGUUUCAAAUCAUAUGAUAGUUUUCAUAUCACAAACAGGAAGUAACCUAGAGACAAAUGAACAUAUUUGAUGGGAAGUAGGCCUUUGGCUUAGAAUGGGAGUGAUGCAUAUAUGCAAGCGCAAUACAACAGUAAUGGGCAUAAUGCAGUUUAUACCUGCCUGCAGCCCACCAGGGCUUGUCUGUGUUGGUUUUGUCCCUCGAAAAGAACAAGGAUUACUAUGUGUUCUUGAUCUAAGACAAUCUGCUUGGGUUUUGGUUUCAUGAUCCUGAAGAAAUUGCAGGAGCUCUUUGUCACAAUAUAGGGAAACAUUCAGUAUAAAUCAGUGCAUGAUUCAAGUUUCUUUAUUGUAGUGCAGCUGAUGUUUAGGCUCAGAAACACUUGAAACUUCCACUAGAAAAUGUGAUUUUUUAAAUGUCAAGGCCCACAAUCCACAGAUGGGGGCUAUGUAGCCCUUCAGGAGUGGUCAGACUGCAGUUGCCAACACUCCUUAUUGGUCAUACUGAAUAGAACUGAUGGGAUUUCAUCCCUAACAAGCCACACAUUUUUAAUUCCUUUUAUAACAAUUCCUUUUAGAAGAUCAAACUAGAGAAUGCAGAAAGAAAAUUAGUUUAUUCAAGCCAUGACACUUGUGUAACAAAAUUGUCCCUUAUGUAUUCAGAUACUUCUCUUGACAGCCUUUGUGGAUUCUUUCCCCCUCUCUCAUACCAUUUCACUGCAAUACAUCCGGCCCUAGAUUUUAAUUUUCUUCUAUAAAUGGUCUUCAGAGAGAUGGCAUUCAAGUGUAAUAGGUAGUAUUUUUGUUUGGGUUGUGGGGUAAAAUUGCAGAGUUCGUAACAUCUUCCCAUUUGUAGACAUUGAUCCUAUAGAUGGAAAGUCCUUUGUUAUGGUGCCUGUAAAAUUUACAUUAGGAAUUUUCAGCUCCAGAAUCUAAUGGUGUCUCUCUGUGAUUGAUCUCCAAUCCAACGGUGGAAUUAUCUGUUUAAUACAAUAGCUUUAAAAUUGCCUAUGGUUUGAAAUCUUGACGAAUGGUCCCAAAUCAAGAGAGUACCUCUCUCAACCCUACCCUUGUCCCCCACCCAUAAACAUACGAGCCAAAAAAGCUCACAAAGGAACAGGAAUUGUGACAGAAGUGGCAAGAGAGUUAUGUAGAGGGAAAGGCAUCAUCUGUUUAGAACUUGGGUGAGAAACCAUCUUUCUGAGGCAUGCCAAAACCUCUCUUGGAUGUUGUGGACUCAUUUCUCUUUGCUCUGAUCCAAACCAGUUCCUUUUGUAGAGUGCUCGGCUUUCAAAUGAGCAUUUUUUAGCCAGCCCAUAUGACUUGCAAGAUGAGACCUACGCAGAUUCCUAAGAUUAAUGAUUUAAAAGUCAUACUAAACCCUGAAUCAGAAAAUGAGAAGUAUCAAUCUAUCAUGAAGCAUUCUGCUUACAUUUGUCUUCCAUACAUAUAUUUCUGCAAACUCCAAUGUAAUUUCAGUUCAAAUUAGGACUUCAUCCCAAACCAAUUGGUGAUGGGUGGGUUCCAGUUGGGUAUCUAGGAUGCUGGUUGCCAACCUUGAUUUUUUAAAAAAUGGAUAGGGAACAACAAGUGUUGGCAGUGGAAUUGUUGGGAAGCUACUGUCUAACAUUGACGCUUUGCCUAUCACACUUCCCCAUCAACCCUCAGCAAAACUAGUUGCUGCCUAGGCUUUGAUGCAACCAAUUUGUGUGCGUGGGUGUGUGAGUACUGUGAAGUGAAUUGCAAAGGAAUAUUUAACGUUCAAAUCUUUGGGUUGAGUUGUUUCUUUGAAUCUAAUUUUUUGGGGGGGGGGGUGUAUUUUCUCAUCUUCAGUAUGUUGACAGCAAUACGUUGGGUGGCUGACAGUACGAUACUGGACUUCAUCUUGGAUCUCAAGCUAGGAUGAAAAUAGGAAACAACCUAAUAAAAUAUAGAUUAACCUUUGAAUUAUUCUCUGAUCCCUUUUUCCUGUUGUUCAAAACUCAGGUACCAGCUCUAGCAUGGAAUGUCAGGACGCUUGGGUUUAUUUUCCGGUUACUUUUUUUCCUUUUUAAUGGGUAGUUUCAUCAACUGUAUGACAAUAAAAACCCCAGUCACCAGACAGGUUGAGCAGAACCUGAGGUCUAUGAGGCUUCAGACGUUACUUGGGAUAUUUUCUUCACUGGGGAUGAUGACUUGAUGGACAUCCUGCCAAGCCAUGCACACAGUGGUUCAGUCUCUGCUUAGUAUUUGUGGGUUCAGUUAUCCAACACUAGCAUGAAACCUUCCAAGGGGAGGAAAUUUUAACUGAAGAAAAUAAAAAAUAUUGGAAAAAUGUACUGGGAAUAUGGUAAAGAAACCCACAUUCUGUUGUAUUUUGACAGAAUUAUUUUUAUUAAAAUAUACAUCCAUGUGCA